UCCUGACUUCAUUCACUAUGUUGGGCGUUUAGAUGAAGGAGGCUCUCCACACCUCAGCCUCAAACGUUCUAAUGAAACCCCUCAAAAACUUUUGACAAAAAGAUAUUUUUUUUAACAUUCUACGUUUUAGAAAGACUCUUUUCUACUGCAGAAACUCCAGGUGCUUGCUGAAAAGAUGGAGCCCAGUUCCACUGAAGGAGGAGCUGAGGAAAUCCCGCUCCCAAAAAGUCCACCUGCCAAGGUGAUCCUCAAACACGGCCAAGAGCUGGAGGAGGAGCAGGAGGAGCUGGCCGAGCACCGGCCUCUGGAGCAGGAGGACCUCAACUUCGAGAGGUGGAAGCGUCGGCCCUUGCCCAGGAGGACGCUGCACCAGAAGAUCAGCGACGUGAAGACCUACCUGUGGAAUGCCGAGACCAAGGAGUUCAUGGGCCGCUCGGGAAAGAGCUGGAGUCUCAUCCUUCUCUUCUAUGCUGCACUUUAUACCUUCCUGGCGGCCAUGUUUGGCGGCUGUAUAUUUUGCCUCAUGUGGUCUAUUAGUCCCUACCAUCCCACCUAUAACGACAGAGUAAUGCCACCAGGUAUGACCAUGGCGCCACACCUGGAAGGUCACGACAUCACCUUCAACGCCUCCGACCGCAAAUCGUGGAAGCGCUACGCCCGCUCUAUGGAUGAACACCUACGACCCUACAACGAUGGCGCGCAGGACAGGAAGAACAUCCGCUGCACACAGGAAAGGUACUUCAUGCAGGAGGACUUGGAAGAGGACGCUGAAAGGAAGGCGUGCCAGUUCAAGAGGUCCUGGCUGGGGGAGUGCUCAGGUCUGCAGGACCCCCAUUACGGGUACUCGCAGGGGAGGCCGUGCAUCCUUCUCCGAAUGAACAGGAUUCUUGGAUAUCUGCCUGGACAAGGGAAACCAGUCAAUGUGACUUGUGGAGUCAAGAGAGGACCACCAGAUGCCUUGGGAGAAAUUCAGUUUUUCCCAAAGAGUAUUUUUGAUCUUAAGUACUACCCUUACUAUGGGAAACAACGACAUGUGAACUACUCAUCUCCAGUGGUGGCCGUGCGUUUCUCGGGAGUUCAGUACGACACUCACAUCCAAGUGCAGUGCAAGCUGAACGGAAAGGGGAUCAUCAACGACUCGCCCACCGAUCGCCACCUUGGGAGUGUCACCUUCUUCUUGGACGUUGGAGCGUAGGACCCGAAGGAAGCUCAUCACACUAUAAAUACUCAUUAUUUGACAUGAUGCCCACAAACAAGACACCACAAGCACAAGGGCAUGAAUUUCCUCAUGAGAUCAGAUUAAUCUAACUAAACUCCCCCUGGAUAUGUUUUCCUUGCCUAUGCAAAUCCAAUUUAGAAUGAAACCAGUAAUGCUCUGUAGAACCAUUGUAGGAGCAUAUAGAAUAUGCAGAUUUUUGUUGUUCUUAGAAUGUUUUGGUGAGACCAUACUAAUUAUUUGUGCUUGUAGUAUUUUUUUUUUAAACGUGCAUAUUUUAAGGAAUCUUGUGCAAUGAAAACAAGUCUUGCACUGUACUCACACAAUAAAAGACUGAAAAAAAAUUACUUAAACGUCACACCACUUAUCUUGAUUUCUAUGUACAUACUCACAAAAGGGUUCGAGAUAGUCAACCUUCUGGAGAAAUUUCAGGAGAAACCUAUCCAUAACAAUUACAGGUGCUCGUCUCUAAACUUAUGAACGCCUGGUGUGACUUUUGCCAUUGGGCUUUUUGCCAGAGGGCAGUAAUUGUGCAUUUCCGUGUGUAUUCAAAGAUGUUGUUCAAAUUAAGUGUAACUAAAGUUUAUUGUGAAUUUUUGGUUCAUUUUGGAAUUGAACAUGAAAGUCCAAUAUUAAUUCCUUUUUGUGAAUACUAGUCUACUAUAGAAAACUUGCUUAUGAAAGUUACACAUAUAAGUGAACAGACAAUUUAAGAUAACCUUAGACUGAUUUAAAAUACUUUUUUAAAGAUUAUCCUGCUCCAAAUGUGCUACUAAACUGUGUCAAUGUUGUAGCCUAUUUAUUCCUAUGGCAGUUGUACGACGACUUGUACUGUUAAUUUUGCCUGUGAAAUGAAAAUAAACGGAGGAGGCAGUGGUGGUUUUCUGGCAUGUGCAACACGUGCAGCCACACAGGACUGCAUUGCUUAGGGCGACAAUGCCAAAAAUAAAAUGGAUUACCUGAAAUAGUUUCCAUCUUGUAAAGGCAUGACCUGAUAAACACUGGCGAGCAUUAUAUGGGGAAUUUACAUUCCCUUAUGCAGGGGGGCCUGGUUUAACUGUUUAAGAAAAUCUUGACAUCUUAAAGGUUGUAAUGAUGUUUGCAAUAAUUGGAUAGGGCGUCAUUUAAGCUCAGACUGCCACUGGGAGGAGGGCAUACUUUUUGUAGUCAUUAACAAGUGGUUGAUUGGUUCUUUAACUCCUUUUGUCCAAAUGAAGAAAUGUUUGAUCUAUGUGUGUGUUUUGUCAAUAAAUCCCACUAUUUGGUAAAAAUA